UCCAGAAACAUGUGGGCGGGGCCAAAAAGCUGCAUGUACUGUAGCUCCUCUUAUUUCCCUGGCAAAUGUUGUCACCACAGCCAGUCACAUUUUUCUCCUCCUCCUCCUCCACCACCUCUUCCUCUUCUGUGUCCCACAUCCUUCAUUCCCUGUCUGUCUGUCACAGGUCUCUGAAAUCCCCAAAGGAUAAGAUGCCAUGGAGGCGACUGGAAGAACAGCCCUGUGCGUCUGCUCCGUUCUGUUUGUCGUCACAGGGAUCAGCUGUGAGCUCAUCCACAUCCCCUCGCUUGUUCAUCACGUCAUUGAAGGACAGUCCCAGCUUUUACCCGUAGAAACCCGCUUCCCUCUAGAUAAAGCUGAGAUCCAGGGAACCUGGUCGUACACCAAGCCGAGUAGAACCAGGAUCACCUUGGUCACUUUCACCAAAAACAGUGCAAUCAUUGACAUGGGGCACCGGAACAUCCUCAACUUCAAAGAACCCAACAUUUCUCUGGGGAUCCUGAAUUUGAGUAGAGACAAUGAGGGGGAUUAUCACCUGAGCCUAAACAUCGAGUUUCAUAACGAAACAGGGCGGGUCAUCAAGGAGGAGAGAACUGUUGUAGUAACAGUAGACGUCCCCAUCUCCGUUCCUGAGAUCCACAAGAGCCCAUCUCACUCAGUCAUCGAGGACAAAGCAAACGUAACGUGGACUUGUUCUGUCAGUUCUGGAACCAGGGUUGAGUUCAAAUGGUUCAGGGACAAUGUUGAGCUGGGUUCCAGUGAGAGAUAUCACUUCACUCAAGACAGAUCCACACUGCUGAUCAACCCCGUGAAGAAGGAGGACAAGGGGACUUACAGAUGCCAGGCCAAAAACCCAGUCAGCAAACCCCUGGAGAGCAAGGCUGUGGAGCUCAACGUCUACUAUGGUCCCUACAAUCUGGAGGUGAACUCUGGCCAGGGCCUCCGGACAGGGGGGGUGUUCACCAUCAACCCCGGAGAGCUGGUCUUCUUCGAGUGCCAGGCUGACUCGAACCCGCCAAACAGCUUUGUUUGGAUAUCCAAGAGACACAACGAGACUCAGAUCAUCACGGAGGGCCCACGUCUGGAAUUUCUGUCCUAUAGGCUGGCCCAGGCGGAAGACUACCUGUGCCGAGCCUUCAAUAAUGUCACGAAGAAACAGGAUGAGGCUCAGUUCACUCUGGUGGUGGCCGGUCUGGGAACAGGCAGCGGGAAGCGCACCCAGGAGGGGGGCUCUGUGUCACCGCUGGCAGCCAUCAGUGUCUGCUCUUUGUUUAUCAUCGCCUGCAUGUUGUUGUUCUUUCUCAGAAGAACUUGCCACCCUAAGAGAGUGCUGAUGAGCAUUUACAACAGGCCAUUUUCACAGCAAGAUCGGCCUCAUCGCUCAGGUCAUGAAGAUGCAACUGAAGACUUUGGCAUCUACGAGUUUGUGUCCAUACCAGGGAAAAUGGACUCCACACAGGCGUCUUGCAGAUCUCUGUCUCAUCUCGAGUCCAGUCAGGAUUUGCACACUACCAUCUACGAUGUGAUCAGACAUGUCCCUGAAAACCAGUGCCAAAGUUUGUUGAAGUAACUAAUGGAAGGGUAAACAAAAUGCUCCCAGAAUACGUCCAUGUAGCCUUACUUUCUCAAGUCUCUAUGGGAGGAAGCCCCAACAUUUCAGUUCAAAGGGUACAAAAGAGACUAAAUCCGACUACGGACUGUUAUUGUUUUGGAUGUUUAUUAAUGAGAAACAAAUAACUAAAUAAAUAAAUAAAUACAUUCUAAUAUCAUAUACAUAAUUAAAAUAAUAUAUUAUUGUAUUUUUCACACAAAGGAGAAAAGUGAAUUCAAUUAAGCAACUUGUUUGGACGUCUUGUGUCUCAUAAAGCGCCUGAAUGCUAAGACUGUGAAAACUGCUAAAACCAAAAGUUGAAUAGUUGAUAUAAGUUCUUCACUUUCUAUUAUAUUUAUGUCUCAUUUCACAAUCCUCGGGUAAGAAAAGAGUCUCCUGGAGAAGUGUUAAGUGUAGAAGUUUCUUGUAUAAAAAAUAUUUUAAUUAAUUGUAAAUUGUGUACAUGGAUUCUUCUACAAAUACUUUAUAUGUGAUGUUAUAUGAAAAUGUUCCAUUUUAACGACGUUUGUCAAGAAAAAAAAACUAGCUGGGAAGCUCAAAUAGGAAAAACAAAUCUAUGUUUCAUUCUUUAAGUUGUUUUAUAAAUGAAAAUUAAAAACAAAAAUGGAUUUGAAUGGGAUUUUACUUCAGGAUUAAAAUGGAAUAUAUGCAUAUUUUUUCAUGCUUAAAGUGCUUUUUAUAUCUCCUGAUGCAAUUAACUGAAAGCAGCUCAGUCCUGCAGUCAGUGUGGAAAUAUAGUUAGCAUAACCGCUAACUGAUGACAUUCAAAAACUGAAGGCUUUGGACAUGCUCCUCUUGAAUCAGGGAAAGACUCUUUCAUUGUAACUCCACUUUCUGCUUCAUUGCAGUUUUUUUUUUCACUUUUCAAACGGCCUCACUCUUUCAGAGACGCCAGAAUGCUGACUUGUAUGGACGCAUCUUAGUAUGUAAUGUAACAAAAGAGGGAAAGAGAAGGCGAUGCUGCAGAAACUUGUUGAAAAGCAGAAAUUAAGUUUUUUAUGCUCAAACUUUGGGUUCUGUUACAAGCGUUUUUAGCUGAACACUCUCAAGGUAAUGAAGACUCGCGCUCAGGUUUUGCACGACUGCAACCACGUCGAUUGCCCACCAUUCUACAACAGCGUCCACACUGGGAUGAUGACUGACUCACUGGUUUGUGGAAACUGGUUUUCUUCCUGUAGGUGGAAGAUAAAAACCCUUUCUAUGUACUGACCAGAGUCACGAUUGAAUAAGAUCCAAACAGUGACUCACCAGUUUGGAUCACCUUGUUUCACAUUGCAGAUAUAAGAUAGAAGUGAUUUAAAAGCAGAUGCUGGAUCAGCAGAAUCUUUUUUUUCUGCAUAUUUUUCCAUAAAGACUUUCUGUUCUUGAACCCAAAUGUAGCAAAUUUUCUCUGCUUAUGUUAAUAAUAGAAAAAAUCUUAAAAAUAAGGAUUGUAAUUGAAAAAAAGCAAAACACAUGAUGGUACAGUUUGCAAUUGCAUCCUGUUUUGUACUUUA